UCCACAUGUAGUGACCGUUGGGGGGGGGUCUAUAAAUACCCCCCUCCUCCGAAGAGGUUUCCUCAUUGCGUUCCUGAGAUAACGAAGUGCUGCUGAAUUUUCUAGAGAGAUAAAGUUCUUGCAAGUGUUCUUCGUGUUCAUCCAAACUUCAAAGGUUAGUUCAUUGAAACUUCCCUCUGUAAUUUGCCUAUUUCGCUUCCUAGGCCAUUGAUCCCUUGUUAGUGGAGAUAGACUCUUAGAUCCAAAGUAGAGAUAUCUAGGCUCUAGUUAACUGUUAGAAUGAAGCCUUUGGAUGAUGAGUACUACCCGUACGACGACGAGCCCUCUGCUAGGUCCCUUGAUUACCGGGUGGUAGAGGGGUGUUGUGAGGAGAGAGGAGUUGAGCUCCUUCAAGUCCGGGGAGGGUGAAGGUGAGGACGAAGAGGCUGCCUCGUCGUCUGAUGGUGAAGAAAUAGGGGCUUCACGUGCUGUGGACGGAGCGUCUACAUUGGUUGUGAUCCCCUGCCCGAAGCCGGUUUCUGCUGUGAAGGGAGCUGCUCCGAUGAGAAGGCGGCGGCCGAAGAGGGGUCCAGGUUUCUCCUACCUGGAUCUCUCCAAUCUUUAUCUGAUUAAGCCGGAGAGUAGUGCGGCCGACUACCUGGUGGCCCAGAUGUACGUGGGGCCGUACGGGCAGGUUAGGGCGCCCAAGCCGACGGAUCACGUGUUGAAUCCACCUCCGGGUUAUUUUGGAGUAUACUCCAUGAGCUUCGCAAAGGGACUUAGGUUUCCCCUUCACCCCUUAAUCACGGAGUAUCUGGAUAUGGUGGGUCUCCCUCCGGCCUUGCUGACUCCCAACAGCUAUUCGCUCAUCGUCGGCUUUCUUCUCUGCUGCGAUGAGCUAGAUUUUAGGCCGACAACGGCGCUGUUUAUGAACCUGUACCAGAUUGGCCGAGGAAGCCACAAAAACUGUGAUGGCUACGCCAAUCUUCAGCAGCUGCCGAAGAAGAGGAGUUUCACUGAUCUCCCUUCGUCUAUUCACGGAUGGAAGAGCAAGUUCGUCUUCGUGUCCUUGGGUGAGGACGGCACAGAGUUUCCUUCGGUUGGCCAUGACGGUAAGUUCACCCUGCAUGAUGUGCCGAAGAGCAGUAUUCUGGAUGCCCAGUUGGCAGCGUUUCUGAAGGGUGGGCCGAGGAGCGUGAAACAUUACAUCACGGAAUACAAAAUGACCGCCCUCGGCUUCAUGAGGUACCAUGUUUAUGGUGACAACGAAGGUGAUCUCGAGUUAUGGCCGAAGAUGACCACCACUUUUGAGGAGGCCGACGGCCCGGAUAUGGGCAUUCCUGCUGAUGCCGAUGACUUUGCUAUGGAUCGCAGAUCCGUGAUGAACAAGGCCGCUGCGAGGGCCAAGGCGGAGUUGGCCACCAAGGAAGCUGCAGCGAAGGCCGCUGCUGGUGGUGAUGCGACGAAAAGGCCCCCUCCCCAACCGAAGAAAAAACGGCCGGCGGAGGAAUCCCAGAGGAAGCUGUCUGAGGCCGGUAUGCAGCCCGCCAAGAAGUCGAAGAAGGCUUCAUCCUCUGUCGUUGCCGAUGAAGUCGGCGUACUAGCCGUCCCAAUUGUGGACGAAGGAGGGUCCAGUGCUGCAGCUGCCCUUAUGGACCUUACCUCAGGUCUUUCCGGGGAAGGUUCUCAACCCCCCUCCCUUGCUGAGGACUCCCGGCCGAAGCGGUCCGACAAGGAGGUGGCCACGGCCACAUAUAAGCUGGAGGUUGAAUACCCCAAAGACGGGGGGUUUCAAUGAUGGCGUUGACGGCCACAGCGUGCUCUCUCAGGCCAUCCCGGCCAAGGACCGGGUGUAUCUUGACAAGCUGGGGGAUUUUAAGAUAUACGACGGUGGGUGCCUUUAUUCUCAUGGAGAGCAAUAAGAGGCAGCAGCGGGAGAUUGCCCACUUGAAGGAGUUUGAGGAGAAGGCAGCCUCGGCCGAUGAGGCCAUGAGCUGCUUGGGGAGGCUGCAGGGAGAUUUUGUGGCCUUGCAGAGGAGGGCUGAUGCGGCCGAUGCGGCCAAGGAAGAGGCCGUGGCCAAACUGGCCGAGGAGAAGAGUGCCCGUGAGGCUGAACGUCUGCGGGCAGAUGAGGCCGAGAGGGCCAAGGCCGAAGCUGAGGCUGCGGCAGUGAAGGCCGUUGAUGAUGCUGUGGCGAAGUUCCUGGCUGAAGGCUGGAGGGCCGACGAGCGCCUCCCCUGGUGCUAUGAGGUCGUAGCGGCCAAGCUUGAAGAUUGGGGGCAGAACUCCCCUGCAGACCAAGAAUAUUUUGAACGGGAAAUGUCCGUGUACUACAACAUGGGCCAGCAUCGGAUGCAGAGGCUCAUCUAUCGGCGGCUGAGUCGCGCUCUCGGGACCCUGAACUAUACUCGGGGUUGGGCCAGGCGGAACAUGCGGCUUCCUCGGCUAAUGAGGAAUCCGGAGGAGCAGAUCAACCUUCCUCUGUGCGACAGGCAAGCUCCCAUAGAGAGUUCCGGCUUUGGCGAACCGGAGUAUGAAGAGGACGAUUACUUGGACGACACCGCCACUUCCGCCGUAGAGGCCGGCCUGGAUGCUGGGGCCGAUGGUGGUGCCGAGCUCGUUGCUGAGGAGGACGUUGUGGGUCAUGCUGCCGACGAGGCUGCUACGGAGGCAUGAUCGUCCACAACUGUCUUUAACUUAUAAUGUGUCCUUGUUUCAUCGUUUUGACUGUAACGGCCGAAGUGCCCACCAUGUAAUGAUUUAUGUUAAUGAAACAUGUUUAAGUUCC